AUGAAUAAUGAAAGAGAGUGGGAAUUUUUAUAUUUGCUUGAGCCUUAUUAUAAAGAGCUAGAUAAAGAAAAAGAAUUCAAAAGAAUUAAUGAAACGCAGAUAAUGCCUUCUUAUACAGAUUAUGCAGCAAUUGCAGAGAAAAUAUCAUAUGAAAAUUGUAUCAGAUUCCUUGAUUUUUUAAAAAUAUAUGAAGUAUUUUGAGAAGUCGAAAAAUUUGAAGAUUUUACUUUAGAAACAGCAAAGAAAGUCCUUAAUUUACUAAAUGAUAGCCUUUUCAACGAAAGUAAAUUUUCCCCGAAGAAGCCAAAAUAUGCCACUUAUUCAUUGAUAGAGAAAUUUAAAAUAAAUAUAGCUUAUCAGUUCUCGAAGUCUACUAAUAAAAACGAAAUUAUUGAUUGACUUUUAAUCUCUGAAGAGAUUAGAAAUAGAUGAAAUUAUAUCGAUAUGACAGCCUUAAUGAAAUCAGGCUGCAACUUUUUUAUGAAAUAUAAUGGUGAAAGAGAAAUAACUGACCAAAAAAUGCUGAUUUUACUCAAUAAAUUUAUAGGCAACGAUAAAAAUUAUAGUGAACAGCUAGGAAAGAAUGCUUUAAAUUGAUUAAAAGUUUAUCAUGAUGAAAGAUCUUGAAUAACUAAAGCAAUUUUGAGUGCUUUAUCAAAAAACAAUUACAUUAUUAGUAAAGGUGAUAAGAUGCUAACAGAAAUUGAAAAUAGAUUAAAUUAUUGAAAAUUUGAUGCCAAAAGGAAGAUAAAAAUAUACAGAAGAAGGAUUGUCGCUUUUUUUAAUAAUACUGAAAAGCAAUCAAAGAGCCUUAAAAUCACUAAACAAUCAGAAAUCUCAGAGAUAAAACCAUUAGUUCUUCUACCAGAAAAGCAAGUAGUAAUAUUUCGAUGCACUUACAAAAACAAAGCAGCAGUCAUAAAAGAAUAUCAACUAAAAGCACUUCAAAAAGAAAAAAUAAAGGAGAUUUCUAAUGAAAUAGCAAAUUCAAUCUAUCUCAGCAAGCACAAUAAAACUCGGAUUUUUUUGCGUUAUUAUGGAUUAUAUCUUAAAACAAAUAACAGUGAGUAUCACAUUGGAUUUUUAAUGGAAGAUUGCGAUUCUGAUUUGCAAUCUUAUAUAGAUAAUGGAGGAGAUGUUUGCUUAGAUGAAAUGGUCGAUUCCCUAUUAAACGGAUUUUUCUUGCUUCACAAUUUAGGAUUAGCCCACAAUGAUAUCACACCAAAAAAUAUAUUUAUCCAAAAAAAGGGGACUAAAAUCCAACCUAAAAUCGCUGACUAUGGCAUUUCCUCCACAUUUUCUUCAAUUUCUGGAGCGUCUCUACAUAAAACAGUAGCAGCUGUCAAAGGGACAAAUUCAUUCAUGGCUCCAGAAGUCCAAGACCCAUUAAAUAAUCGUGACUCAUUUAUGAAAGUAAAUCGAAUGAGAGCUGAUGUUUUUUCCCUCGGAAUGGUAUUUUUAUACUUAAUCACUAAGCAACCACCUCCAGAAGGAAAAUUAGAUAGAGAAGAUUACAUAGAAAUAGAAAAGGAGAAUGUAAAAACUUCUUGGCUAAAAAAUAUUUUGAACUGGAUGCUUCCAAGAGAUCCUGAGAAAAGAAAAAAGCUCGGUGAAAUAAUAAAAUUGAAGAAGAUGCAAAUUAUGGAUUAA